AUGGCCUGGACCCCGCUCCUCCUGGGCCUCCUGGCUCACUGCACAGGUUUUGUAUCUUCCUAUGAGCUGAAUCAGCCGCCUUCGCUGUCUGUGAGUCCAGGAGGGGAGGCCAAGAUGACCUGUAGGGGAAAUAACAUUGGAAGCAAAUAUGUUUAUUGGUACCAGCAGAAGCCAGGCCAGGCCCCUGUGCAGGUCAUCUAUCAAAGUACUCAACGGCCCUCAGGGAUCCCUGACCGCUUCUCUGGCUCCAACUCUGGGGGCACGGCCACCCUGACCAUUAGUGGUGUGCGCACUGAGGACGAGGCGGACUAUUACUGUCAGUCAUACAACAAUCAAACUUUGUCACUGUGUUGGGUGUUCGGCGGAGGAACCAAGCUGACCGUCCUUGGUCAGCCCAAGUCUGCACCCUCAGUUACUCUCUUCCCACCCUCCUCUGAGGAGAUCGCUGAGGCCAAAAAGGCCACACUGGUGUGUCUGAUGAACGACUUCUACCCCGGUGUUGCGACGGUGACCUGGAAGGCAGAUGGCACCACCAUCAACCAGGGUGUGGAGACCACCAAGCCGUCCAAACAGAGCAACAACAAGUAUGCGGCCAGCAGUUACCUGAGCUUGACGCCCGCCAAGUGGCAAUCUCACCGUGAGAUCACCUGCCAGGUCACGCACGAAGGCAGCACCGUGGAGAAGAAAGUGAGCCCUUCAGAGUGUUCUUAGGGCCCUUAGAUGCCACCAAGGGCACCUUCCUCACCCAGAUACCCUUUUACAGAUCUCACCUAGAUCCCUGAAUCCUCUACCCAUACACCCUUCUAUGUAACUACUGCUCCCAAAUAAAGACUUAAUCAUUUACCAUCA